AUAGCAGCAGCAGCAGGGCUAGCUGGGGUGAGUCAGUGUUUGGAAAUGGAGUGGGCGUGUGUGUGAAUGUAAGAGAAUGAAUGAUGUCAGGCGAGGCUGGGGCAGACAGCGGGCGGGAGGGAGGAAGGCAAGGCAGGCAGGGAGGCAGCAAAGAGCAUGAAGCUGGCUGUAAACACAGCGGCGGCUCCAGAAGCAACAGCACCGCCAGCCCAGCAGCCUUGCUUUCUGAGUCUUUUCUCUCUGCCCUCUAGAGCGGCGAGGCGAAGAGUGAAAGCAAAGCUGCCUGCGAAGGGAAGGGAGAGGCUGUAGGCAAACUUUCUUCUUGCCGUUUCUUUUCCUCGCGGCUGCCUGGCCCGGAGGAGUUGGGAAUGCCAAGAGAGCCUGGAGCCUUUCCCUGCUGAAGGCUGGAAGGCAGAACUUGCUCGGAAAUUACCUCUUCCCCUUCAAAAUAAGCAGCGAGCAUGUUGAUGGUCCUUGGAAGAAAAAUCUAUGAGACUUUUUUCAGAGAACUGAAGCCAUAACUGACCAGAAAAGAGAAUCCAGUUUUCGUAUAAUUUGUUAAAAGACCCAAAUGAGCAGGAAGUACAAGAAGAUUUUUUUUUAAAAGAAGUGGAGGAUAUUUUCUUUAAAGAAAUUGGACAGGAAUUUAUUUGUUUUGUCACACGUGUUAGGCCUGAUGGAUACCAUAGAGACAGCAAAACUUGAAGAGCAUAUGGAAGAACAAAACAGUGAAACAGCAAAUGGUUAUGUUCUACCUGCUCUCACUGUUAGUGAAGAAAACAAGAAUGGCAGCAACAAAACAAAAGCUUUAUCCAAUGGUUUGCGAAAAGGUGCUAAGAAGUAUCCAGACUAUAUACAGAUUUCUAUGCCCACUGAUUCUAGGAACAAACUCCCAUUGGAAUGGUGGAAAACAGGUGUUGCUUUCGUGUAUGCUGUUUUCAACUUAAUUCUAACGACUGUCAUGAUCACAGUGGUACAUGAGAGGGUGCCUCCUAAGGAGCUCAGUCCUCCAUUACCUGAUAAGUUUUUUGAUUAUAUUGAUCGUGUGGAAUGGGCUUUUUCUGUAUCAGAAAUAAAUGGAAUUAUACUCGUUGGAUUAUGGAUAAUCCAGUGGUUGUUUCUCAGAUACAAAUCGAUAAUAGGACGUAGGUUCUUUUUCAUAAUCGGAACUUUGUACCUCUAUCGCUGCAUUACUAUGUAUGUCACCACCUUACCUGUGCCUGGAAUGCAUUUUCAGUGUGCUCCAAAGUUAAAUGGAGAUUCUCAAGCUAAAGUACAACGGAUACUACGACUAAUUUCCGGUGGUGGACUGUCUAUAACAGGUUCACACAUCCUAUGUGGAGACUUCCUGUUCAGUGGUCAUACUGUAAUUCUAACACUCACGUACCUGUUUAUCAAGGAAUAUUCACCCCGUCACUUUUGGUGGUAUCAUUUGAUAUGCUGGUGUAUGAGUGUUGCUGGAAUAAUCUGUAUUCUAGUUGGACAUGAACAUUAUACAGUAGAUGUUGUCAUUGCUUACUACAUAACCACAAGGCUCUUCUGGUGGUACCAUACAAUGGCUAACGAAAAGAACUUGAAAGUUUCAUCACAGACUAAUUUCCUGUCUCGAGCAUGGUGGUAUCCAAUAUUCAAUUUUUUUGAGAAGAAUAUCCAAGGUUCAGUUCCUUGUUGUUUUUCAUGGCCAAUAUCUUGGCCCCCUAGUUGUUUCAAGUCUUCAUGCAAAAAAUAUUCCCGGGUUCAAAAAACAGGAGAGGACAAUGAAAAAUCCACCUGAAGAGAAUGAAGGCAAGAAAAUGGAUUGACUCUUUUGUUCUACCAAAACGUUGUGCUAUAACCAAAGCUCUUAAGAUGACUAGAUUGUUAACUGAAGAAGUGGACCAAACUUUGUGCAACUGAUUUAAGAAAAGACAAUUGUAGACACACACAAAGUCAUUAUCCCUUAGUAUGUUUUUAUAAUCCUAUUGUUCAGUCCAUCCCACCCCUAGAUGCCAGUAGACACUGGUACUCAGUGGACCUCCUGGUGCCAAAACAAUACUUCCUAAGAAGAGGAGCCAGGAUGUGGUUUCCUAAUGAGAUUAAGAGGUGCCAAAGAACACAUCACACCAUCUGUUCAUAAAUAUCACUUAUCCACAGAAGCACCGAAACAAAAUAACAGCUUCAGAUUUCUGGAGCCUGUUUAGCAAAACCAUCAUAAAUGAUACAGGGCACAGUAGUAGUCUCUCUAAGUAUAUAUGGAGAGAAAUUAGCAAGCUGUGUUUGCAUUAUUCUCACUAGUGACAACAAGAUCUGUGAUAUAUGACUAAUGAAACCAGAAGUGACCCUUGAUCUUUUUAUACUCUCUUUUAUGGGAAUGAGUGAAUACAUUAUGACCAAGUAAUGCCACCACAGAUCCAUGUACUCUGCUCUGUAUUGACUUUUACAUUUUUUAAAAAAGAAGUGGUUAUUUUAUAUAUGAAAAUAAAACCUAUUUUAUCUGA